AUGUUCAAUGGCAUGGUUGAAACCGUACGAAACAGUAUCGUAGGAACGUAUCCUUCAUGUCACAUUGCUUCGCGUCUGGAUGAAAGGCGAGCUAAGGCAAGAGCACUAAGGGCAGAACGCAGGCGAAAGCCAGAUAAACCCGAUGAUUUUGUGACAUACGAAGAUUCCGGUAGCGACGAGGAGACGCCGGAACAACAGGAAGAAGUUCUGCAUACAUCGUACAAUGUCUAUGAUUUUAUACGCAGCCGGGAAAAUGGUUUGAGUGAAAGACGUAGCUUUAACUUCGAACAGACCAGUCGCUAUGUUUUGACGCAUGAUAUGUUGCGGGAAACGCAAAUAAGUUUGGGUUAUAUCAACAAGGUGUUUUGCUCGAAAUGGCUAAGCAAUCGCCAGGUUAUUUUUGGCACCAAAUGCAAUAAGCUCCUGGUUUACGAUGUAAAUAUGCGACGUGUUGAUGCAAUUCCCACACUCUCUACCAAUCGUCCCAAUCAUCCGGAAGUUCAAGGAGGUCUUCAUGCAAUUGAAAUAAAUCCAAGUCGUACAUAUUUAGCUACGGGGGCUAGAAAUUCCGCCGACAUUGCCAUAUAUCGAUUACCAACACUAGAUCCUAUAUGUGUGGGUGAGAACGGACAUAGAGAUCUAAUAAUGGGCAUGUGUUGGCUUGAUGAUCAGUUCAUAGUGUCCGGAUCGAAAGAUUCACGUAUGGCUUUGUGGCGUGUCAACGAAGAACAUAUGGAAUUUCCCGAUGGCGGUAAGGAAUUUUGUCCCACAGUAGCCACAAUUAAUCCACUAUGUGUUCGAGAUUGUCGUACGGCACACAGAAUACGUUCUUUAUGUUUUAAUAAAGAAUUUCGGGAAAUUGCCGCCUUAUCGCUAAAUGGCUUCAUACACGUAUUUAAUGCGGAGACAUUUAAACAAAAACUAUCACGUAAACUGCCAAAUUGUCAAGAUAAUGUUAGCAUAGCAUACCAUAGUGAUGGCCUCUAUGCCAUUGGAUGCCGUUCGUACACGAUAUUAUUGGAUACCAGAACGUUACAGACAAUAAAAAAAAUCACUUCCCGCUAUAGUGGUUGUGGCAUACGUUCGACCUCAUUUGAAGGCAAUCUACUAACAGUUGGCACUGGCCUGGGAAUGUUAUUAUUCUAUGAUAUACGUGCUGGAAAAUAUCUGGAGAGCAGUGUUAAUGCUUCGCGUACUGUAACAUUGAAAUGCAGCAAAGGUAUUGUGUAUCCGGAAGAUGAAAUGGACGGUUUCAAUGUUAAGUAUGUACCCGCAAUAUAUACGCAUUGUUAUGAUAGUACGGGAAUGCGUCUAUUUGCUGCCGGUGGUCCAUUGCCAGCGACAUUAGUUGGAAACUAUGCCGGAGUUUGGCAAUAA